AUGCUGCCGUGUCCGCCUCUAGUUCCUCUUCCCCCUCCCUCAGCACCAGCAGCAGCAGCAGACGCAGCAGCAGCAGCAGCAACAGCAGCAGCAGCAGCAGCAAGAGGGCCAGUUCACGUCGUGCGGUGUCACUACGCCCGAAAGAAGCCCAGAGGCAUCCGCCGCAUCUUCAGCCACAGCAGCCGCUGCUGCUCCCCGCUGCUGCUGCAGCGGCACGUGCUGCAGCAGCAGCUGCCGCCGCCGCCUCAUUUGCUGCUGCCAGCAGCAGCAGCCUGGGGCCCCGGCAACUCUGCAGAGACGCUCACGUCCUCCGAUGAUGAAGCAGCAGCAGCAGCAAGCUCGCAGCAGCAGCAGCAGCAGCAGUUUCGCUCAUGUCCUGGCUGCAGCUCCCUCGGAGGAUGCCCGCAGCAACAGCAGCAGCAGCAGCAGCAGCAACUGCAGCAGCAGCAGCAGCAGCAGCAGAACCCGUGCUGCUGCGGGAGCCCGGCCUCUUUGCUGCCCUCUCCUCCUCUUCCUGUGCUGCCCCGCUUAGGCGAACCGGCAUCUCCUGCUGCAGGUGCUUCAGCAGCAGCAGCAGCAGCAGCAGCAGCAGCUAGUGAGGGCGGGCUCUCGGAAGACAAGCAGCUGCUGCAGACGCUUGUGUCUUCGCUGCAGCAGAUCUCCUCAGGACUGAAGCAGCUGCAGAAGACUGCAGCAGCACACUUAAAUGGGGCUAGCAGCCAGUCAGCCUGCGGCUGCUGCGCUCACCUCCAGCAGCAGCAGCAGCAGCAGCAGCAGCAGCAAGCUCUGUACAACCACGGCAGCCGCUGCAGCAGCCCGCCUUGGCCGCACCCGCAGCAGCGCGAGAAGCAGAUCCGCCAGCAGCCACCUCGGCAUGUGCACUCCCCUUGGCAGCAGCAGCAGCAGCAGCAGCGGCGGCGGCAGCAGCAGCAGCAGCAGCAAGACGGGCCUGUGGGGCCGGACACAGAUUUGGCGCUGCACUGCUGCUCUGUCCCUCCGCUGCCCAUUAACGACCCGCUGCCGCAGCCACCUGCUGCAUCGCGGCACAGGAAAGAGCAGCAGCAGCAGCAGCAGCAGCAGCAGCAGCAGCGGCAGCAGCAGCAGUGGCAGCAGCAGCCGUGGCAGCAACGUCCCCAACGAGGCAGCAGUCGUCUCGGGUCUCCGCCUUGCCCGCCCACGGCAGCAGCAGCAGCAGCAGAAGAAGCUCCGAACGCUGCUGCUGAUGCUGCUGCUUUUGCUGCUUUUCCUGCUGCUGCUGCAGCCCCUUGCACCCACUGCACAGGUGGAUCCCCUCCUGCGCACCGUCCUUGCCAGCAGCAGCAGCAGCAGCAGCAGCAGCAGCAGCAGCAGCAGCACGUACUGAUAUCGCCUUCGCCACCGCCUUACGCGUCUCCAGCAGCAGCAGCAGCUGCUGCUGUUGCUGCUGCUGCUCCCUGCAGGCGGUCAGUGCACUUCAGGGCCCCUGCAGCAGAACUCAUUUUAGAUCGCAGUGACCCCCCAGAUAUUGUCCGCCGGAACGCAGCAGCAGCAGCAGCAGAAGCAGCAGCAGCAGCAGCAGCAGCAGAAGCAGCGCAGGUAGCACAAGUAGCACACGCGGCGGAAGCAGCAGAUGCUGCAGCAGCAGCAGCUGCUGCUGCUGCUGCUGCCUCCGCUGGCUGCCGCCACCACCAUUUACCUCCUGGGGCUGUCGUGCUUGCUAAUGCUGCUGCUGUUGCUGUUGCUGCUGCGGCUGCUGCUGCUCCCUUCCCCCAACCGCUGCACAGCAUCGACCUGCGAAGUGCUUCCAGCAGCAGGCGGUGCUCUGGGCUGACAGCUGCUGCUGCUGCUGCUGCUGCUGCUGCUGCUGCAGCUGGAGACCGCGCUCGCUGCUGCGCAGCAGCACACCCCCCGUUGCUGCCGCCUGUUGCUGCUAGCUGCUGCUCCUAUGUGCCGGCGCCUCCGCCCCCGCUGUCCGUUCAGCUGCAGCUGCUGCAGUCGGGGCAGCCCCGCAGCAGCAGCAGCAACAACAACAGCAGCAGCAGCAGCAAACCCCACAUGAUCCCCCCACUCUAUAUUCCCCCACCACCACCUUCGCCCACUUACAGGGGCCCCCCACCAAAUGCUGCUGGAGUUUCUUAUCCUGAGGAGCUGAAGCAGCCUUUUAACCGGCUGCAGCAGCAGCAGCAGGAGAGGCUCAGGGUGCAGCAGCAGCGGCAGUACCGCACCCACUACGUCCUCGGAUCGCCCGCUGCUGCUGCUGCUGCUGCUGCACCUGGUGCUCCUGCCGAUGCUGCGACGCCCCCUGCUGCUGCUGCUGCCGCUGCUGCACCGAAUUCCCUCGGCUCUCCACCCCUGCAGCCCCCACUGCAGCAGGAGUCUCGCCCGCAGCAGCAGUGGCAACAGCAGCAGCAGCAAAGCCGGAGGCGCCACCGCCGGGGGCAGCAGCAGCAGCAGCAGCAGCAGCAAUAUGGGGGGCUGGGUAGCCCGUACGAAUUUGACUCAACAGCAACAGCAGCAGCGGCAGCAGCAGCAGAGAAAGUCCCCCACUAUAAACGCUCCGGGUCACUCCACCAGCAGCAGCAGCGGCUGCAGCAGCAGCAGCAGCGAUUCGAAGAGGAGGCAGCAGCAAGGAGGGCCAGGUUGCUGCAGCAAGACAUGGACUGGAAGCGUUUCAGCAGCAGCAGCAGCAGCAGCAGCCUCCAUGACCUGCUGAGGAGGCCCCCUAGCUUCUCAGCAGCUGCGUAUACACCCCACAGUGCUGCCUAUACACCCCACAGAGCUGCCUAUACACCCCACAGAGCUGCCUAUACACCCCACAGAGCUGCCUAUACACCCCAACUCUCUCUUUCUUCCUCAGAAACCCCUUUGGAGUUCUCAGAAGACGAAAAUUACUAA